AUGCACCGAUCCUUUCAAUUCGGCAUGGCCGCCUUCCACCUCCUGUUCCUCUUCCUCGUGCUUGCCUUGUCCUUCAGCGGCAACAGCGCUGUCGCCGCCGUGGUUGACGACCAGCCUCGGCCGCAGCAGGAGGUCUGCAUGGCGUCCUCUUCUUCAUCCUGCCCAGAAGCCGCCGUCGACGCCAAGGUGCUCAAGGGGGAGGCCAGCGUGAUGUACAAGGAGAAGGCCAGCUCGUUCUUCAGGCAUGAUGGUCGCACCAUCAAGGUCGACUUCGUCCUCCCCGCCAGCAACAGCGAAGUCGCCGCUGGUGACGAGGACCUGCAGCUGCGGCAGGAGGCCAUGGCGCAGGCCAUUACGGUCCUCUCCCGCUACAGCCCAGAGACCACCGAAGAACAGACGCUGAAGCGGGCGAUGGGGGUGGUGAACCUCGAGGCCCAACGGUGGAAGCCCAUCUUCAGGACGGUCGGCAGGGUGCUGGAGAGCGGCGCCGACGACCGCACCAAGGAGGACGCGUUCGCCCAGGCCAGGGUGCAGCUCAACCGCGACCUCGGCCAAGAAGGUCCCAACGCCCUCAAGCUCGACUUCGGGUAUAUGUGA